AUGAAGUUGCCCCAAAGAGCAUCUUGGACGAGGCACUUCAACUCGCUGGCCGUUGUGCUCUGCUUGGCAGGUGUCGUCCAAGCCUCCAACGAUUGCGCGCCGUCGGUAUGGCAGCCGGGGCAGUUUACCGACAUGAAGUUUAAACGCCAGGCUGCUGCCACCACCUCAUCCUUGAAUACAGGCACGGGCACCGUCAGCCCUAGCUCCGUGGCCGUCACGUCGAUCCCCGUGCCCGUAUCGAUGAGCCCCCUCCUCUCCGGUGGCAACGUCACCACAGGCAAGAUCAACUGUCGGUACACGACCAACACCAAGGGCAUGGACAUCAACUACUACACGUGCACGGCACUGGCGAACAGGUACCACAUCAGCGUCGAGAAAUUCUUCCAGCUGAAUCCCACGACUAUUGCGUGGCUGGCUGCAAGUCAUUCCGCCAUCUCCAUACGUUGCCCCGAGUCUCGGACUGACCUUUUCAAUCGCAAUCCCAUAGUUAUUGAGCCUCUACGAGCCACAAAAGGACUCUGUGGUCCGCCCAACGGCAACGCAACUUGUCGCGGAACAGAGUUCCAGUGCUGCAAUGCCAAGACGUUUACCUGCGGCAACUCUCUAGAGGACUGCGCAGACGGAACGUGCUACGAGGGGGCAUGUGCCGGAGACUCCGUCUUCACCACCAACGGCGAGUGCGGUCGGCAGCAUGGCUACAAGCAGUGCGCUGGCGUCUGGGGCGACUGCUGCAACGCCGAGGGCAAAUGCGGUACCGGCGAGGCCUUUUGCGCGUACGGUAAAUGCCAACUCGGCAACUGCACACUCAUGGCCCAGCCUCAAAAGGUGCCGGUCGGGGGGGCCACCCCGGACGGCACCUGCGGCGGAACGAAGCAAUACAAGUGCAAAGCCGCCUAUGGAAAGUGCUGUAACAAGGAUGGCAGGUGUGGCAGGCGGUCGGAGGACUGUGGAACAGGAUGCCAACCCCUAUUCGGAGACUGUACAAUCCGGCACACAAGCUUUUCAUCCACCACCACCACCACCACCACCACCACCAAGGUUUCAACUCCAUCCAGCACCCUAAUCUCAUCCAAGACACCCACGACCAAGACUCCUACUCUUAGCGCCCUGCCCUCGUGUGGUCAGACAUGCUUCAAUAACAUGCUAGGCCAGUAUUCCCAGUUGGGUUGCGCCAGUCCUGACGCGGACUGCUUGUGCGGCAAGGUCGACUUUCUCAACGGCAUCCGCGACUGCAGUAACGGUGCCUGCGGAACGGAUAUCGGCAGUGCAGUCAUUGCAUUUGGAAAGGCCUACUGUUCCAGCUCGCCGGCGACUCACACGCCAACCGUGCCGAGCAUUGACUCCCUGCCUUUGUGUGGUCAAACCUGCUUCAACAACAUGCUGGCUCAGUACUCCCAGCUUGGCUGCGCGAGCCCUGAUGCCGCCUGUCUUUGCAAAAAGGCCGACUUUGGGUACGGGCUGAGAGACUGCUCGAAUCGAGCCUGUGGCGAGUCCGUUGCUUCCACGGUGAUUGCGUACGGAAGAUCGUGGUGCGCCUCCGCGACUGCGCCUGCGCGGGCUUGA